AUGGAUCGAAUUUCCCAACUGCCAGAGCCAAUUUUGCAGCACAUCUUGUCUUUCCUCCUUGUUGAAGAUGCUGCUCGAAUGAGUACAUUGUCCAAGAUUUGGACCAGUGCAUGGAAUUCACUCUCCUACUUAAAUUUUGGUGAUAAUUUAUUCCAUAAUAAUAAUAAUCAAGAAGACUUGCCAAAUCUCUUGAAGGGUGUGACUCAAAUUCUAGCAAAGCGGCAUAACCAGAAGAUUUCUGUACAAAAGUUUUCUCUACAAUUACCCUAUUGGCGCCGGAGAUGUUAUUAUUUACACAAGUGGAUUAACUUACUUGUAGCUUGUAAUAUCAAAGAGUUGAAUCUAAGAGUAAGCAAAACUAUUUAUCAAGGAAGAAGGGAACACUGUAAGUUGCCCGAGGUAAUCUUUAAUGCCAAAGCACUAAAUGUGCUGAAUUUGAAUGGAUUUAAGAUUGAAUUACCCUCUAAUGGUUGUACUAUGAAGUUGUCAUCUUUGCGAGAGUUGCACCUCUGUAAUGUAUCUUUGGACGAGAAAUUAUGCAAGGUCUAUGCACAAGCUGCCACAAUUUAG